AUGUCUAAAAAUCUGAUUUUUCGCCAACUUAUCGAUUUUGAAAGUUUCACCUAUACUUAUAUUUUGGGUUGCGCUAAAACUCGAAAUGCUGUGAUUAUUGAUCCGGUUUUUGAACAAGCGAAAAGGGAUGCUAAGGUUAGUUUUGGUUCAAGACAUGGUGAUCAUUAUGGGGUGUUUCUGUGGUGCACGAGAAAUGCGCCAGCAAUCUACUUAUUGCUGACGCAAUUUCUGUACCUAGGCAUAUUUGGUGUCAAAAUGAUCAGCAAAAUAUUUCCAGCUCGCCAAAGAACUCGACCUAAACUUGAUCUACGGCCUGAACACCCACGUUCACGCUGAUCACAUCACCGGAACUUCGAAACUCAAGGAAUUUUUUCCGGCGAUGAAAUCUGGGCUGUCGGGAAAAUCGGGUGGUGUAGCCGACAAGCUGUUGAAGCAGGGAGAUUUGCUGCAAAUCGGGGAUAUCGAGCUGGAAGUUGCUGAAACUCCAGGACACACUGAUGGUGAGUAAUGCACGAGAAAUGCGUCAGCAUUCACUAAAUGUAAUGCUGGCGCAUUUGUGGUAGUUGACCAAAAAUAGUGAUAUUUGGGCUUAAAAUGAUGGGUAUACCCUGUAGAUCAAUUUCCAGGCUGUCUCACAUUCAUAUCUCACCAACUUCGCGCCGCAUUCACCGGCGACGCGCUUCUCAUCCGCGGCUGUGGUCGAACCGACUUCCAACAAGGAUCUUCUCGCGCUCUAUAUCAAAGUGUGCAUCAGAAAAUUUUGGAUGUUCUCCCAGAAGACUACCGUAUCCUUGUAGGUCAUAAUUAUGAGGGAAUUCUAGAGAGUACGGUAGGCGAGGAGAUCAAAUUCAACCCGAGAAUUAUGAAGAGCGAAGAGGAAUUUGUGAAAAUUAUGAGCGAACUCAAAUUAGCGCAUCCUAAACAAAUUCGUGAGUGUUUUUUUCCUUUUUUGGAACUUUGACAGAAAAAAUUAUUUUUUCAGAACAAGCGCUUCCCGCCAAUUUGAAAGAUGGUGAUAUUUAA